GAUCAGGUGGGAGGAUGAGGAGGGAGCUGUAGGUAAAAGGAUGAGCAGGGUGCAUGCAGGGGGAUGAGCAGGGUGCAUGCAGGAGGAUGAGGAAGGGGCAGGCAGGAGGAUGAGGAAGGGGCAGGCAGGAGGAUGAGGAAGGUGCAGGCAGAGGGAUGAGGAGGGUUCAGGUGGAAGGAUGAGGAGGGUGCAUGCAGAGGGAUGAGGAGGGGUCAGGCAGGAGGAUGAGGAAGGUGCAAGCAGGAGGAUGAGGAGGAUGCAGGCAGUGGGACGAGGAGGGGUCAGGUGAGAAGAUGAGGAGGGAGGAGCAGGUAGAGGAUGAGGAGGGUGCGGCAGAAUGACGAGGAAGGCCACAGGCAGAGCUCACGCCCUCUCCCCUCUCUCCCCCAGACGGUGUGUGCUGGCGGCCACAUCUCCAAAACCUUGGGCUACCUGGAGAUGGGCACCUCGGGCCUCCUCAAGCACGUCCCCUACGGCACCCUGAAGCCCCCGGCGCUCGACCCCGGGCGCUUGAUCCCGGCAGAGCCCCCCAGGGGGGGCGCGGGGACCCCGGCGGGCACCGCCCGCAGCCCCUGGCACUGGCAGAAGAACCAGACGGCCGGGGAGCCGCCCAGCCCCCGCGCCCACCGCAAGCCCACCCUCAAAUCGAGCCGCACCAAGAAGAUUUUCGGCUGGGGCGACUUCUACUUCAACAUCAAAACGCUCAAAUUCAGCCUCCUGGUGACGGGCAAAAUCGUCGACCACAUCAACGGCACCUUCAGCGUCUACUUCCGACACAACUCCUCCAGCCUGGGCAACGUCUCCGUCAGCAUCGUGCCACCCUCCAAGGCCGUGGGCUUCGAGGUGGUGGUGCCAGGCCCUCCAGCUCUGCCACGGCCUCCACCCCCUCCCCAGCAGAGCACCCUGCCCGAGGGGCGCCCGGCCAAGGCGCUCAACUGCCACGUGGAGUACGAGAAGACGAACCGGGCGCGGAAGAACCGGCCGUGCCUCUACGACCCGUCCAAGGUUUGCUUCACGGAGCACACGCAGAGCCACGCGGCCUGGCUCUGCGCCAAGCCCUUCAAGGUCAUCUGCAUCUUCAUCUCCUUCCUCAGCAUCGACUACAAGCUGGUGCAGAAGGUCUGUCCCGACUACAACUUCCAGCAAGACAACCCCUACUUCGGCUGAUGGCAGCGGGGCAGGGGGUGGGUGGGGGAAAGGGGGGGGUCGGUGUCACUCGG